UCAUCAUUAGCUGAUUGGAUUUUCAAGAGCAUCGAAGAUCAUCUAGUAGUUUUAUAAAGAGGUUUAGUCCUUGGAUGAAACUUUCAAAAUAGACUGUGUACUUUUUUAGAACCGGAAUUUCAAUCUCUAAGGCACCAUAUUAUUCUACGCGCUCUUUUGCUUCCGGGAACUACGUCAGUCUGAUAUUACACAAUAAACAUUACCUCCAAUGACAUCGAUGUUUAGUCGACUGGUCAAAAGGAUUUAGGGUCUUAUACUUGAACCAACACAGUACAGAGACACUGGAGAACUUCCAAAUUGCGUUUAAGAUUGUCGAGUCUCCUAAACAUAUGAAGUAGGUGUUUUGAAUGUCGUACAUUUGGUCUAUGCUGCGUUGCCCCAAUGGAGACUUGGGUUGGAACCGUUUCUCCACAAAAGAGAGUGAAACCUAGAUCUGUUAUUUCUUGAACUACAAGAUAUUGCGUUUGUCUCGGAAACAAUUCAUUCUACGCACGGUCGACAUAGGUUAGGAAAGUCGAGCGGCGCCUAUUUUCAAGACAACUUAGUGAGUCAAGGCGGGAAGCUUCCAACUGGUUAGGUGGCAAAUCAUUGAAGAUUAUAUUGUUGCACAAGAAAAAGAAGACGACGACGAAGACAUUUUCUUGACCUACGAAAGUAACACUCCAAAUUUUUACAGCCAGAAGGGAAAGACGUUAUACUAGCGAACACUUGUAAAAACAUUUUGGCGGAAAUGGAAUUCUUUUCUGCUUAUAAAGGGAGCUUUUUCAGAACAGCUUUAACGGUUUUGAUUGCAACGCUUCUAAAACACCAUAAAGAAGUCGAAGGGACGAAGAUUCCGAUUCACAUCGGAGGGUUUUUCCCUUUGAGUCCAAACAAGGCCUCUGUUCCAGGAAAUGCCCUGCUUGCUGCUGCUCAACUAGCGCUUAAACAUGUGAACGAAUCCGACAUUCUUGUAGGCUACGAGCUGAAAAUGAUCAUCAAGGAUUCAAAGUGUGAUCCUGCUUAUUCUGCUAAUAUGUUUAUGGAUCUCAUGAUGGACAAGCGUCCCGUUGUCAUGGUACUGGGUGCAGCAUGCUCUGACGUCACAGAACUUCUAGCCGAGCUGUCCGCAUAUCGAAAUCUUGCGCAGAUAUCAUAUGCCUCGCGUUCUCUGGCGCUUUCAAACCGUAAAAAGUUCCCAACUCUCUUCCGUACUCUGCCAUCUGAGUCUGCGAGGAACCUGGCACGAGUGGCAUGGAUCAAGCACUUUGGGUGGAAAAACAUUGCUCUGCUGUACGAGAACACAGGUGGUGACGUGGCGUCCCAGUCCAACCACCAAGUGAUAGAUGAACUGAAGAAGUUGAAUUGUUCGAUAGUGUUAUCUGAACAGACCAAUGGCAAGCAACUUGAUAUCAAUAUGAGGAUGCUUAUGAGAAACGAUGCUCGCAUCAUAGUUGGCACGUUCUAUGAAAGAAGAGCAAGACUGAUAUUCUGUCAGGCCUACAAGUCAGGACUAUAUGGACCUCGUUAUGUAUGGCUUCUGAUAGGUACAUACAGCCAUCGAUGGUGGGCAGUGCCAGACAAGAAUCUCAAGUGUACGCAAGAAGAAAUGAAAAAGGCUAUUGCGUAUUCGUUUAUAUUCAACAACCAGAUAUAUUUAGGCGACGAUGAGCAAGGGAACGCAAGGCGUGCCAUUUCUGGAGUGACUCGAGCAGAGUACCACAAGCAGUACACGACAUAUCUAAAGUUCUUGAACAUCACCAAGCCACCCAACAUCACAGCCUACACAUAUGACGCUGUGUGGGUCAUUGCUUCAGCUCUCAACCAGUCACUCCCCUUGAUAAAUGCCAACAAAGAAAUAUCUGGAAACGCUUCGUACCAAGAUCAAAGAAUGACGAAAAUACUCGUGUCUACUAUACAGAAGAUCAAUUUUGAAGGGAUAACGGGUGAGGUAGCUUUCUUUGAGGAUGGUGAUCGUUACGAUGGAGUGGUCGAAAUACUUCAGCACGACCCCGAUGGACAAGCAGUAGCGGUGGGAUUUUAUUAUCCAAAACAGCGUAAACUAAAGCUGGUUGGAAAAGGAAACGUGUGGCCAGGCGGUAAGCGUCCUGUAGACCGAACUGUUGUGAUGCAAGAGUUUGUCAAGAUACCACUAUGGCUGUAUGCUUUUGUUUGUAUGCUCAGCAGUCUUGGCAUCGUCUUGGGGCUGGUUUUUCUUGCGUUUAACGUCAAGUUUAGACACAAAAGGUAUAUUAAGCUAUCAAGUCCAAACCUGAAUAACGUCAUCAUCAUUGGGUGUAUAAUGGUCUAUUCUACUAUAUUUCUGUAUGGUCUGGAUGGCAGAGUUUCGGAAAGAGCAUAUUCUUUCGCCUGUAGAGCGAGAUUCAGUCUUCUAUCAUUGGGUUUCACUGUUGGAUUCGGCGCCAUGUUUUCUAAAACCUGGAGAGUGCAUCAGAUCUUUAUCAGUAACGUAAAGAGAGUAAAAAAGGUAGUGAGAGAUAAAGAAUUGUUUAGUCUCCUGGCUGUGAUUGUGUGUAUCGACGUCUUUCUUCUCAUUCUGUGGAUGGUGCUUCACCCCCCAAGCAGACAAGUCAUCGUCAUUAAUGGCGUUAGAAGGAUCUCUCGAAAUCGUGACUAUGAAAUCGUUUUGUGUCGUGAAGAAUGUCGAGGUCCCCACUCGYUACCUUGGUUAGUCACGUUUUACGCCUUCCACAGUCUUCUUCUUGUCUUUGGUUUAUUUUUGGCCUUCGAGACGCGCAAGGUAUCGGUCCCAGUACUAAACGACUCCAAGUUUAUUGGGAUCAGCGUAUAUAACGUGGUUCUUCUAUGUGCUAUUGGGGUACCUUUGUCACAUGUGUCCAGCAGUGAACCCGCGGCUGGUUUUACUCUUAUCUGUGCUGUUAUUCUAUUUUGUACAACCGUCACACUCAGCGUGCUCUUCAUUCCUAAGGUUAUUCAGAUGUGGAAGGAUCCUAAUGGGAACCCUCUUCAGGGGACUAUGCUGUCCACCAGGGGACACCACGGACGAGAGGCCAGUACAUCAGCAACAUGUGAUAAUUUCACUGAAAGGCAUGCGAGACUUGAAGCAGAAAUCCUUGUGCUUAAGCAGGAGAAUCAUAAGCUAAAAAGCAAGCUUUCAGUUUUCAACGACGAUGAACCAACAAACGACACUAUGGUAGAAAGACUCAGCCCUGUGGACAUCCAUUUUAAUAAAAAAUAUCCAAAUCGGCUUAGCCACAGACAGAAAUCCUUACGCUAUGUAUUUGCCAAGAAACAAGAUCAAAAUAACUCGACAAAAACUAACAGAAAUAACGAGAAUAGGCAUCGAAAUUUCGCCACAUCACCGCACAAUGUACCUAUUCGAAAACAAGGUGGGACACGUGAUUCAGAACUGACCUACCGAGGAGAUAACAUGUUUGAGGGUCAAAAUUCUUUACGUGAGCGAUCACAAACAAACUGUUCAGUUUUAAAGGAACAUGAAGACCCAUCCGAGCUGAAACGCAGCAAUAGUUUACCAUCUAGUUCCAUUCAUUCAAUUAACCACGUACGGGUACAUUUACAGUCUCCUGAAGGUUUAGAAGAGAAGGACAGUAGCGAUAGCGCCUUGGAAUUGCAUCAGAAAACAUGUCUGAAAAAUGGAAAAUUGAAUUCUGUUUCCAACGGUCGUGAUGGGAAAAAGUGUACGCCUUGUGCGAAGAAGAUAGACUGUCAGGAACACGACAAAAAGACAAAUGGCUAUGGUCUACGCGUGUACUGUGUCAAGACAACCUGUUGAUUGGGCACUAGAUAUAAUUUAUAGAAAACACAGAGUAUAUAAAAAUGUACCCUGGCGUACCGUGCCAGGCUUUGACAGUUAAGUUUACGAGCACUUUAAUUGCCGGGAUGAUCAGUGUUCUUGUGCCGGCAUGCAUAUAAGAGUGGUUUUUGCAAGAGCUGGAAGCCGUGUUACCGGCCGCCGUGUUCUUGAAGCUCAUGGUUGAACCUGUUGAUUGGGCACUAGAUGUAAUAUAUUGAAAACAUAGAGUAUUUAAGGAUGUGCCCUGGCGUACCGUGCCAGGCCUUGACAUUUAGGUUUACGAGCAUUUUGAUUGCCGGGAUGAUCAGUUUUCUUGUGCCGGCAUGCAUGUAAGAGUGGUUUUUGCAAGAGCUGGAAGCCGUGUUACCGUAUAGUAACCGUGUUUUUGAAGCUCAUGGUAGUUAAGACAUUUCGCUGUUGCGGUAUCUUGUACCGUGUACGUACUGUAAGUGAUCAGACUCAUGCAUGCAUUUUACCGGCACAAAUACAAAAGCUGCUUGAUCAGGUUUUCUCGAUUCGCACCGUARCCCGGCGUGCCGCGUGGCGUAAUGUUUUCAUAGAACAAGAAGAAUCUUGCAAAAAUCAACUUUAGCUAUAUAUCAUUAGCAUACGUACAUAAAUAUGAAAUAAAGACUUCACUACGAUUUAUAUCCUGUUACA